AUGACGUCGUCGUCGGAUUUAAAAGCAGUCAUGGAUCGACUGCAAACUCAAAUGGCGACUUACCAAGAGUUGAAGCGCGAAGUGGAAAACCUGGAAUCGAGGGCCGCUCCCGACGUUUCCGCGGAAAUUGCGGAGCUUGAGAAGCAAAAUGCGAAGAUGCGAUACCGUCUCAACAUCCUCAAACGGUCCAUGGAUAAACGAGGCCAGGAAUCCAGCGAUUCGGGAGGUUCUGUUCACGUGAAAGACGACUCAGCAAUGGUCAAUGUCAUCAGUGUACUGGAAACCAUUUUUGCUGCGGCGUCACAAAAGGCGUUUCCGGAAUUGAGCAAUUUCCCUGUUGCCGUUCAUCCUGCGUCGAAGCCCCAGUUUGGAGAUUAUCAAUUCAAUUCAGCGUUGGGAAUGGCAAAGGCUUUGUCAGAGAAAGGAGUUAAGAAGAACCCGCGAGAAAUCGCAGUGGCCGUGGUAAACAACGUUGCGGUCAAAGAGAAGAGCGAAUUGAUCGAGUCCCUAGAAAUUGCUGGGCCUGGCUUUGUCAACAUCCGUCUGAAGUCAUCUUACGUUUGUGACCUGGUUCGGGAUAUUUUGCUAUUGGGUGUCCGGCCUCCGAAAGUCAAGCGACAGCGGGUCGUUGUCGACUUUUCGUCUCCAAAUAUCGCCAAAGAAAUGCACGUCGGCCAUUUAAGGUCCACGAUCAUUGGUGAUGGAAUAUCUCGUCUUUGCGAGUUCGUGGGACAUGACGUUCUUCGACUGAAUCAUCUCGGAGACUGGGGCACACAGUUUGGCAUGUUGAUCACCCAUUUGCAGGAAAAGUUUCCGGAUUUUAAAUCGAAAACUCCGGAGAUUAAAGACUUGCAAACUCUCUAUAAGGAGUCGAAACUGCGUUUUGAUACGGAAGACGAUUUUAAGAAACGGGCUUAUUUGGCAGUGAAAUCGUUGCAGAGUCAUGAUCCGGAUUAUAUUCUCGCUUGGGAGCAAAUAUGCGAGGUUUCCAGGAAAGAGUUUCAGAAAAUAUACGACCUGUUGGAUAUCAAGAUAACCGAUCGCGGAGAGUCAUUUUACCAAUCCCGCAUGGACGCUGUCGUGAAAUUGCUGCAAGACAAGGGUUUGCUGAUAGAAGACGAAGGAAGAAAAGUGAUGUUUGCCAAACCUGAGUCCAGCAAGGUGCCUUUAACUGUUGUGAAAACUGACGGGUCCUAUACAUACGAUACGUCGGAUAUGGCUACUUUGAAGCAGCGAAUCGAAGAAGAAAAGGCUGAUCGAAUUAUUUACGUCACUGACGAAGGACAGUCCACGCAUUUCAAGACGAUUUUCAGCUGCGGGGAAAUUGCAGAAAUCUGGGACCGUAGUAAAGUGCGUGUGGACCACGCCACUUUUGGCGUUGUCUUGGGCGAAGAUGGGAAGAAGUUCAAGACUCGCAGUGGAGACACUGUGCGACUCGCUGACUUGCUCCUAGAGGGCGUUCGUCGAGCCGAGGAAAAGCUGAAGGAAAAGGGUCGGGAUCAGGAACUGACUGCCGAGGAACUCGUUGCGGCGAGGGACAACGUUGCUAUUGGGUGCAUAAAGUACAAUGAUUUGUGUCACAACCGGUGUCACGAGUACAUGUUCAGCUUUGAUAAG